AUGGAGAGGAGGAGGAAGUCGGUUAUUCAUAGAAUUAGGAUGACAAAUAGUGAAUGGGUGGACGACGAAUCAAGUAUUUGUAAUGACGCCGUUUCGUUCUUUCAAGAGCUAUUUACAGAAGAGGUGGGAAGGUCGUCAAGUGACAUGUUAGAGAUUAUUCCUAGGAUUAUCAUGGAUCAAGAUAAUAUUUUGUUGACUGAGGUCCCGUCAUUACACGAAGUGAAGGAAAUCAUUUUUUCGAUGGAUGGGGACAGUGUUGCGGGUUCGGAUGGCUUCACGGGGAAGUUUUUCAUGACUACGUGGGAGGUGGUCGCUGAGGAUGUUCAUAGGGCUAUAAUGAGCUUCUUUUGUGGCGUGAUGUUGCCAAGAAGUGUCACUGCUACUGAAAUUGUGUUACUUCCCAAGGGUUUUUCCUCAUAUUAUCUCACUGCAACAGAGAGUGGUGUUGUGCCAGGGAGACAGAUGGUGGAUAAUUUUCUCUUAGCACAAGAGUUGUUGAGCGAUAUUAAAAAAUCCAAUUGGGGAGGGAAUGUGAUACUCAAGCUGGACAUGAUGAAGGCAUACGAUAGGGUAUCUUGGAUUUUCUUGACACAAGUUCUACGGCGGUUUGGUUUUAGCAAGGUUUGGAUUGAUAUGAUUUGGAGAUUGAUUUCAAAUGUCCGGUUUUCCAUCAUUGUGAAUGGCUUGCCACACGGAUUCUUUAAGCCCACACAGGGUUUGCGACAGGAAGAUCCAAUUUUGCCAGCCUUGUUUGUUAUUGGAGUAGAGGUAUUUUCUCGUUCGCUGAAUGCUUUGGUGAAGCAUCGAAGUUUCCGAUCAUUUAAAGUCCCGCUUGGCUGCCCUAUGGUCACUUAUUUGGCAUAUGUAGAUGACGUAGUGAUUUUCACUAGCAACCUUAAGGCUUCUAAUCUUAUCAUGGAAGCAUCCAGUUCUCUUGUCUGGAGGCAAAAUGGUGCUAUUAAAGAGCGUGUUGUCUUUAAUGCCGAUCCAUCUGUUAGCAGCGGCAUUGCCUCCAAAGGGAGUUUUGCUUCUUUAGAAAAGGUGAUGGCAGAAUUUUUGUGGGGUUCAAGGGAUCUUGGCCCUAAGUUUUAUUGGAUAAGUUGGGGGGAUUUGUGUCGCCCGCAGGAGAUGGGUGGGAUUGGAAUUCGUUGCAUUGCGAAGGUGUACGACGCUUUUUCCAUUAAACUUUGGUGGAACUUUUGGCAGAGGAAAUCUCUAUGGGCAGAAUUCCUAAUAGCAAAAUAUAAUAAAUGGGUGCAUGCGUGUUUGGUAGAAGAGGUUUCUUCACAGUCUUACAUUUGGCGGAGAUUAUGUUCGAUCCAGCAUUUGGUGGAGGAGCACAUCGACUGGAUCCUUGGUGAGGGUUCGAUAGAUUUCUGGCAUGACAAUUGGUUGAGUACAGGAGCUUUAUGUCAUCAAGUGGAAAUUUUUCAUGAGCAUAGAGUGUCGGACUUUGUUUCUUAG